AUGGACAUUCCCUUCUCCAGAUUCUUGGUUUUUGUUCUGUUUCUCCUUUCUUGUAACAGGUUCAUCACAACAGAAGCAUAUGAUGCACUUGAUCCAAACGGAAACAUUACCAUAAAAUGGGACAUAAUUAGCUGGACUGCUGAUGGCUAUGUGGCAACUGUAACAAUCCACAAUUUCCAACAAUACCGUCACAUUCAGUCCCCAGGGUGGCAAUUAGGAUGGACUUGGCUUAAGAAGGAAGUGAUCUGGGACAUGGUUGGUGCGCAAGCCACAGAACAAGGAGAUUGUUCUAAGUUCAAAAGCAACCUUCCUCACUGCUGCAAGAAAACCCCGACCGUCGUUGACUUGUUACCGGGAACUCCUUACAACAAACAGUUUAACAACUGCUGCAGAGGCGGCGUGAUAAACUCGUGGGCUCAAGACCCCGCAAAUGCUAUUUCUUCGUUUCAGAUUAGCGUUGGCCAAUCUGGAACGACUAAUAAGACGGUAAGGGCACCUAGGAAUGUCACUUUGAAGGCACCUGGGCCAGGUUACAGUUGUGGACCAGCAAAGAACGUUGCACCGACUAAAUUCAUUACUACGGAUAAACUAAGAAAGACUCAGGCUUUGAUGACAUGGAACAUGACGUGCACAUACUCGCAGUUUCUAGCUCGGAAAACUCCAACUUGUUGUGUCUCACUCUCAUCUUUCUACAAUCAAACUAUAGUACCAUGCCCAACUUGUUCUUGUGGAUGUCAAAACAGUUCUCUAGCUGGUACAUGUGUUGACCCAAAGAUAGCUUCGGUAGUACGAGGUACUUCAGGGAAGAACAACCUCGAGCCGCUCUUGCAAUGUACGCAACAUAUGUGUCCCAUCAGAGUUCAUUGGCAUGUUAAAACCAGCUACAAAGAGUACUGGCGAGUGAAGGUCACAAUCACAAACUUCAACUUCAAUAUGAAUUACACUCAGUGGAACUUGGUCGCUCAGCAUCCAAACUUCGACAAUCUCACUCAGCUUUUCAGCUUUAACUACAAACCUCUUAAUCCUUACGCUGACAUAAAUGACACGGCCAUGCUGUGGGGAAUCAAGUUCUACAACGAUAUGUUGAGCCAAGCAGGUCCACUAGGCAAUGUUCAGUCGGAGCUUCUCUUCCGAAAGAAUCCGUCAAAGUUCACAUUCGACAAAGGAUGGGCGUUUCCUAGACGCAUUUACUUCAACGGAGAUAACUGCGUUAUGCCACCUCCAGACUUAUAUCCAUGGCUUCCUAACGCUGCUCAAAACCUUGGAACUUCUCCAUUCAUGAUACUUCUCAUCACUUUCUUAUCUGUUUUGAUUCUUAUGUAA